AUGACUGUCAACCGAAGGACGAAAUUCUGGGGCACUUGUCGGUCUCGUAUCAGAAAGGAAAACAAUUCGAAUUCAUCGCUCCAUUAGUCAUGUAACAUGUUUAUGUUGUUGUUGUAGCGGACGCGGGUAAUUCUAAUGGAAACUGGAAUGGGAUCGGUUGCGGAGAGUGCUGGGAAGCGGAAAGCGGAGGACGCUGGUGACAGCCCAGCCAAGAGCGUCUGCAUCAAGCCCGACUCGGGUCCUGGCGCUGGCGCCAGCGUCAGCGGCGGGGAGCCGGAGCAGCGCCCGCCACCGCAACUGGUAGCCGUGGUAACGGGGGAGUUUGUCCUGUACAGUCCCUGGUCGAAGGUGGAGGCCUUGGGGCUGCCGUGUCACCGUCAGGAUCACGAGUGCCAUGUCGCGCUGCCGGCGCACAUCGAUCCCUGGGCGGCGCAUCUCGUCCUGCAGGGAGUCUUGAACCCCCGUCUGCCGCUGGAUGCUAGCGUCCAGGGCAAGGGGAUCGGCAGCACGGGCAGCCAGCUGCAAGCGGCCGCGGCCUUCUUCAAGAUUCCCCUGCCUGUCACACUGCAGGGGCAGGAUGCGGUCGACAAAGCGGCGAGACAAACCGCAUCCACGGCGUGCCAGGCGACCCAGGCCAUCAAGACAGUUACGACACCGUCGGUCCCGUCGAACGGAGUGUCACCACCGGCUGCCGCGCCACCCGCAUCCAGCACGGCUGCUAAACCGCUCGGAAAUGUCUCCCAAAGCAAUCCGCCGCCGGCCGAUCCCAUGAUGGCGUAUACGCAUCUGUCCUUGGCCGAACUGCUGGCCAUGAUGCGGCAGAAUUUCCUGCCGGUCUCCUCGGAAAUGGAGGUGUAUCAGAGAGUGAUGAUCUGGUGUCACGUGGACUAUCCGGCGCGCUGGACGGCGGAGAUCCUGCAAGCGGUCCUCCCGGAGCUCCGCUGGGAUCUGCUGCCCGGCGUGCUCCCUCUGGCCAUCCUCACCGCCACCGGACCACUCCGCGACGUCCUCCUGGACCUGCAGACCCGCCUCUUCCCACCAGGCCUCCCCCGUCUGACCGCCACGCCCCGGGAACGCCACGUCACCCAAGUAGCCUGCCUGUUCUUCGCCGACCGCCAUCAAACCAGUCUGCGUCUGUACGACGCGCGCCAGAACAAACUGUACCCCGUCAAGCUGCCGACCGAACUGCAGACGUGGAACACGUUGAAGGAGAUGGGCCCGGUGGUCAACAACCGGGUGUGGUUCCGCAUUGAGCACGGAUCCCAGCUGCGGACGUACGCGUUGGUGAUGGACGACGACCUGGCCAAGACGGAGAUGGAGUAUGUGUGCGAGGAGAUGACGGUGGGCGCCGGCUCGCCACUGGUUAGUCUCAACGGGUUAGUCUUCGGCUGGAACACGGGGGCGACCAAGAGCGCGGUCUCCUAUACCUUCGAUCCCGCUUCGCGCCAUUUCAAGCAGGACGUCCGCAGCCCUAAACGCAUUAGAAAAGAGGCAGCCUUCGAUGUGUGGCACCACUACUUCAUCAUUUUGGGCGGAUACCCAGCCAAGGGGCGCAACCGUUCCGUCCUGGCCACCGGCGACAUGUACGACGCGGCGACGGACCAGUGGAGCGAGCUGCCGGCCAUGUUCAGUCCGCGCUGCAGUUUUGCCGCCAAAGUGUUCAACGGCUACCUGUACGUGACGGGCGGCGUGGGCCUGGGAUCGGCUGUCCGCAGCAGCUGCGAGCGGCUGCAGCUGGGCGUGACCGGCGCCCAGUGGCAGCGCCUGCCGGACCUGGCCGUGCCGCGCUACGGACACUGCAUGUUCGCGCUGGACGACAAGCUGUACGUGUGCGGUGGGUGCAGCCGCGACGGGGUGCCGCUGACCGCGAUGGAGGUGUACGAUGCCACGGUGAAUCGGUGGAGCAGUGCGCGCCCGACGGAGGGUCCCGGCGCCCGCUCCUCGCCGGUGUCGACCUGUGUCACUCUCACCGUCAAUCACAAACUGCUGUCUUAACUCUUUCGCUGGCUUUGUUUGUGUCGAAAUUAAUGACUUACUUAUUCUUGCUUUGCUUGAUUACUUUAGUAUUACGUGUUAGUAUUACUUUUUGUAUGGGCGCUAACUGCAUACUGGCUGUAACAGCAAUAUUUUCCGGACCAGCAGGUUAUCUCAUGUUAAUUGGGGCAGAUUCUUCAUUUGAUUGUACCAAGUAUUUGCUCGAUGCUCGAUGUGUGCAUAUUGCAA